AUGGAUUCCGUCGUAAUCAAUCCGGGACAUGUUCCUAUCAACUCGUCGGCUAUUGGCUUCGAAGUUGCCUUGACGCCUCAACACUCCCAGUUCCUUCGCAUUAAAGAAAUCAAAGCCAUCAACAACCCUCAAGUUAUCGAACCCGAUGGUAGUAGAACAGUUAUGGGCAAAGGUAUUUACACCUUUAAUUACCAUGGUGGAAUUUUGAAGCACCCAUACGAAACUGUCACGCUCAUCAUCAACCCUUCCAAAAACGCUGGUGGUCCACGACAGGCGGGUGACGAGUCGAAUUACGAGCCCGGCCUGCCCCCUACUUUCUUCAGAGAUGCCAUAGCUAGACCCUACUGUUAUCCGGGAAUUUGGCGACCCUUUGGAACCCGCAGGUUCAUUGACUUUGACACCAAGGGAAACCCAGAUGGCUCUAGCCUAGUAUCUAUUCACUACAAGGAGCUUAGCGACAGCAAAAGUCCACUGGAGUAUUCGUUUAAACUGAACAAGGGCGCCUUCAUGCGCAUCGACUUUGACGAGCCCAUGCGUAUCUCCAGAGACGGCGAUGUACGCAAUCUGCUGACUGAAGAAGACGUCCACCGACUCGAUAUACAAGGUAUCGAACUACAUUUGGUUUGUAGCAGUAGCGUUUGGGGCCUAGAUGGCUCUGAAGGUGCUCUGUCCUUGGCCGUUGAUAGGCUAAGCCUAGCCGAUAACGAGUAG